CUGGCGAUCCCUGGUGUGGACCGAAGGCUCCCGGCUCAGCGGACUCACUGGAGCACGGACUCUGCAGUCACCGGUUAGGCCGGUGCUCUUCCUUGGUAACUCCUUCCCGGCGUGACGCGCGGAGCCAUCGAGGUGGCGGGGCCGGGCUGCCUUAAAGAUCUGUCAAUUCCUCUGCGUUCCGGGUUCCCGCUGGGCCCGGGAGGAACCUGGAGCCACUGGGCCAGGCCCAGGGCUCUCGGGGGCCGGAGGGCUGUGACCUCCGGCGGGAGCUCGAGGCGGGGUGCUCAGACCUAGAGAGUGUGGCCCUGGAAGCGACCGCCUGGUCCAGGGGACACUGUGGGCUGUAGCCUACCUGUUGGACUGGAUUCUGCUGGCCCCGAGGCCAGCAGGGUCAGCGAAAACGCUUCACUGGCCCGCGCCUUUGGGCCCGCCAGCGGAAAGCGACUGGCGCGGUGGAACCAGGCAGUGCUUGCCCUGCGUGAUCGAGAAAACGUUUGAUCACCGAGUACCAGGUAUCGAUUGUUGACCGGCGCCCAGCAAAUCCUUGCGUACGCUGGACUCCCGAGAUCCUUGCAAGCCCUGGAAAGGAAGAGAAAUGGAAGUGAAAAAGUUGAGCAUUUCCUGGCAGUUCUUGAUAGUUCUGGUUCUGAUCCUGCAAAAUCUGUCUGCGUUGGAUUUUGACCCAUACAGAAUCCUAGGGGUCAGCCGAACAGCCAGUCAGGCUGAUAUUAAAAAGGCUUAUAAGAAGCUCGCCCGGGAAUGGCACCCUGACAAAAACAAAGAUCCUGGAGCAGAAGACAAGUUCAUUCAAAUUAGCAAAGCUUAUGAGAUUCUUUCCAAUGAAGAGAAGAGAUCAAAUUACGACCACUAUGGUGAUUCUGGAGAUAACCAGGGCUACCAGAAACACCAGCAGCAGCGAGAGUAUCGCUUUCGUCAUUUCCAUGAAAAUUUUUAUUUCGAUGAGUCAUUUUUUAAUUUCCCUUUUAAUUCUGAGCGGCGGGACUCAAGUGAUGAAAAGUAUUUGUUGCACUUUUACCAUUAUGUGAAUGAAGUGGUUCCAGAUAGCUUCAAGAAGCCCUACCUCAUUAAGAUCACCUCUGAUUGGUGCUUUAGCUGUAUCCAUAUCGAGCCCGUUUGGAAAGAAGUGGUUCAGGAACUGGAAGGAUUAGGUGUGGGAAUUGGUGUGGUGCAUGCUGGGUAUGAGAGACGCCUGGCCCAUCACCUGGGGGCACACAGCACCCCCACCAUCCUAGGAAUCAUCAAUGGGAAAGUCUCCUUCUUCCACAAUGCAGUGUUCCGUGAAAACCUCAUUGACUUUGUGGAGAGUCUUCUCCCAGGGAACCUGGUGGAGAAAGUUACAAAUAAAAAUUAUAUCCGGUUCCUUUCUGGCUGGCAGCAAGAGAACAAACCACAUGUCCUUCUCUUUGAUCAAAUGCCCGUUGUCCCUCUGUUAUACAAGUUGAUUGCUUUUGCAUACAAGGAUUAUUUGUCGUUUGGCUAUGUGCACGUCGGUUUGAGAGGGGUGGAGGAGAUGACAAGGCAGUACAACAUCAACGUCCACACCCCCACCAUCUUGGUCUUUAAAGAACACAUCAACAAGCCCGCAGAUGCCAUGCAGGCCCGAGAUAUGAAGAAACAGCUUAUCGACGACUUCAUCACCCAAAACAAGUAUCUGCUGGCAGCCAGGCUUACCAGCCAGAAGUUAUUCCAUGAACUCUGCCCCGUGAAACGGUCUCACCGACAGAGAAAGUACUGCGUGGUCUUGGUCACGCCCGAGGCCGCCAAGUCGAGCAAGCCCUUUGAGGCCUUCCUGUCUUUCGCUCUGGCCAACACCCAAGACACAGUGAGGUUCGUGCACGUCUACAGCAAUCGCCAGCAGGAGUUCGCCAGCUCCUUGCUCCCGGACGACGCUGCAUGGCAAGGAAAGUCCUCGGUGUCUAUCUUAGAAAGGCGCAACACAGCAGGAAAGGUGGCGUACAGGACCCUGGAGGACCCCUGGACAGGGAGUGAGAGCGACAAAUUCAUCCUCUUGGGUCACCUCAACCAGCUGCGCAAAGACCCGGCCCUGCUGUCCUCGGAAGCUGUGCUCCCCGACCUGACGGAUGAACUUGCUCCCAUUUUCCUCCUUCGGUGGUUCUACUCUGCUUCUGACUACAUCUCAGACUGCUGGGACAGCAUUUUCCACAACAACUGGCGGGAGCUGAUGCCACUGUUGUCUCUGAUCUUCUCAGCCCUCUUCAUCCUCUUUGGCACUGUCAUUGUGCAGGCUUUCAGUGAUUCCAAUGAAGAGAGAGAGUCAAACCCUCCAAAUAAAGAAGAAACACGUGAGAAGGCCGGAAAGACAGAGCCCAAUUUCAAAGAAAACAACAGCAAGGCUCCUAAGAAAGGCUUUGUGGAGGUGACCGAGCUCACAGAUGUGACGUACACCAGCAACUUGGUCCGCCUGCGGCCAGGCCACAUGAACGUCGUCCUCAUCCUGUCCAAUGCCACCAAGACCAGUCUGCUCCAGAAAUUUGCUUUGGAGGUCUACUCGUUCACUGGGAGCAGCUGCCUGCACUUCUCCUUCCUGAGUCUGGAUAAGCACCGAGAAUGGCUGGAGUACUUGCUGGAGUUCGCCCAAGACGCAGCCCCAAUCCCAAACCAGUAUGACAAGCAUUUUAUGGAACGUGACUACACUGGCUAUGUACUGGCCCUGAACGGCCACAAGAAGUACUUCUGCCUCUUCAAACCCCAAAAAACAGUGGAAGAGGAAGAGGCCAUGGGGUCCUGCGGUGACCCGGACCCUUCGCUCCACCUGGGUGAAUCUCGGGGGAAAUCUGCUUUUGGCUCCGGAUCCAAGCCCAUCAAAGAGAAACUGAACAAGCUGUCCUUAUGGAUGGAACGCCUGUUGGAAGGCUCCUUACAGAGGUUUUAUAUCCCAUCGUGGCCUGAACUAGACUGAGAGAAUUUGAACAGACUCAAACUCUUUAGACUUUUUACCUGAGAAACGGUAUUUUUCAGGACUCAAUUACAACGGACAAAGUAUAGAUUUUAGAUGAUUCUUCUAGAGCAACUCGAAGAAUCUUUCCUCUGUCCUGUUCUAGGAGUGAAAAACACCACCCACAAAUUCAGUUCCUGAGAUUCAACUCUUUCCGUCUGGUUUCUUUUUGCCCCCUCAUUUGAAUGCCACACUAUUUAAAACUCGACUCUUCGUUUUCCCUCUUCCUUUGUUGUCCCCGCCAUGUGCUCACCCAACCCUCCCCUGCUCCGUCCGUGUUGUGGGAGAAGCUGGGGGCUGAGUCUUGCACAGCCGUACCUGGAUGGAACCUUAGGCCCCGUGUAUGGGUCCCCCCCUCCCGUGCCUGCCUCGCCCCUGCUCUGCUCCGACCGCUCACGGCAGCGUGUGGGCCCCGCAUCUUGAAAGAGGCCUAGUUCAAGCACUCGUUACACUGAAUGGUUUUGCUGGGAGUCAGUGGCCAAGAAUAGAUGUGGGGGGUAUCCCCCUACCACAGUUCUGUCAGCCACAGUUUUAGAAAGAUUGGGAUGAGCAAGAGCUCUGCAUGGGAGUUUGCUUUUCUUCCCAGGAAAGAGGUGAGAGCCAGGCAGUACCCAAGUGAGCCCUGUGAGCUGCCCCUCCAGGCCUCCCCGGCACCCCGUGUCGCUGGGGGAGGGAGCCACGGGCCAGAAGUACUGUAAUGACUUUGAGCCAUGUAUGCGUGCGUUUCCCGAUGCCUUUCUGCCUCUGUCACUUUUAGGGUGUGGAUAUUAGGAGCCAUAAUUGGUGACCUUGUUUUCUGAACAUUUAGGUAAGCUGCUAUAAGCCCCAUAGAUGUUAAACUGAAAACACGUUCUUGCCACCGCCGUGAAGACCCUCUUCACUCCCGCGUGUCGCUUUAGUCAAAUACCAGACAUGUCUUUGUAUCAAGGAAUUUAAAAUUUCUUAACACAUGUAUUUUGAACCCCAAAUUCUGUAUCUUUGAGUCCUGUUUUGUGAUAAGUGAACCUGUUCCCCACUCUUAUUUUGCACACGGCUGGUUUUGAGCUUCGGGCCUGUAUUUCGGUGUCCCACGUUGUUUUCUCUCUUCACUUCCCACUGCUUCUGGUACCAGUUACAGGGUCUGAUCCGUCCGCACCCAGCCUGCUGAGCUCCAGUCUUCAGUGGACUCCAGCCUGCCUCCGCCGACUAGCUAGAGGGGCCGCUCCUGUCUCUGUGAGGCAGGACCACCAGUGGAGUUUGGACAUCUUCAAAAAGCCAUCUGUUUAAAUAUCAAAGCAAAUUGCCCUUUCGUAACAUAAAGAGUUAAAGUCCGCAGCAGUAGGACACUUACUAAGUUCUUUCAUCAUAAUUGCUCUAAGCGAAACCAUUUCGAUCCUAAAUAAUUAAAAUGUGCUACAGUAGGGAUUUAUUGAACUCCUUGAUGUGCAAGUUCUCAAAAUUAUCUUUUGGUUUGGUGCUAGGCCUUAUUUUUAAUUUCUGGUACAAAAUGGAAUUCCUCAGCCAAAUUUCCAGAAAUCAAAAACUCCCUUGAUUUGGUCAUCUGUGAACAUUUUAUCCUAAAAUCAAAAAGGUGUCUUCCCACAGCUGAACCUUCCAUUUAUACUAAGCAAGCGAAGUUAUUACAGGAUUGAUGAUAAUGCUGGCAAAUAUUUCAGGAAGUGAAAUAUUCUGUAGGAGGGGUUGGGGAAGUGGCCCCAUGCUACAGUUCGUGUUUCACAUAAUCUGAAGCUCCAAGAUCAAUCUCUGGAAAGAAAAAAAAAAAUACCUACAGAUCUGCUUGAGGGCUGGCAGGUAUGCAUCCAAGAAGGUCUUAGGGGACUUUCAUUUUAAUUAAAGCUUAACUCUUGAUCACUGGAGCCUUUCCUCUUAAAUAUUGCUUCCACGAAUCUGUUUACUUGCGUGUCAAAUGUAAGAGCCAUUGUCAGUUCUGCCAAUGCCACCUUCCUUCUGACGGAUGUACUCACACACCCAGUUUUUGUGUUUAAGUUAGUAUCCUAGUCUCUGAAUGUCUUGAAACAGAUAACCAUUGAUAUUUCAGAGGUAGGUUUUUUUGGUUGAUACGGAUUAGACUAUGCUCCAUGUUUAGCAGAGAACAAACAUUGGCCUGACUCAAGUCUUGGUAGAAAACAUGCCCAUCUGAAAAACAUUAUCUAAUUCCCCAUGUGGUGGCACAGCCUGUGGGACAAGGGUCAGCAGCUCGAACUACGAAGCACUCCUGUGAAUACGAUUGCCCUACCGUACAGGCCUGGGGUCUCACUGCUAUCUCGGCGACCAUAUGCACGGCGGGCUGUGGUUUUUAACUAAAACAUUGAUUUCCUCUUUCAAUACAUAAAUGUUUUGCUAAUAAAAGGAAUUAGGAUCUCAAUGUGCUUUAAAUGAUUUGCUUUGGGGAAAUGGAUUGGAAGCAAACACAAACGUUUUAUUUUGCAGUGCCAGAGACCAAACCCAGGUCUCAUGCAUGUAAAGCAUGUGCUUUACCACUGAGCCACGUGCCCAACCUCAAACUUUUUUGUUGUUGUUUUCAAUUAAAAUUUUUGAAAGCUGAUGAAAAACAUCUUUACUCACAUGAAAUAUUGCUCACAUCUAAACUCCCUUGAAAACAAAUGCAGUAUGGCAGCUGCUGAAACUGUCAAGUUUGUCAAAGACGAUAACUGUACUUUAGAGACAGAUCUGAAAAGAAGGUGAAUAUUUUGCACUUUUGAUACUCUUAGGAACAAAUAACUUAUUUGGCAACUGGUGUCUUUUUUUAUGUUGUUUUUGUUUUGUAUUGUGAACAGUUACUGAAGCUGAUGUUAUUUUAAGAAUAUUACAGACUGGAAACAAAUAAACUAUUUUAAUGUGUGA